GAGGGAUGGGUUGGAGAGAGAUACCGAACGAGGUAGUUAGCGAGUUAGAAAGAUAGAGGGAAGAGGGGACAGACAUAAAAAAAACAGUUUUAUAGAACGAGGAAACAUACAUUGGUGCAUGAGCAUCAGAGUGCAAUUAAAAAUUAAGCGGGGGGUUUUGUGUUUCAUGUUCGUCAGCUCUUGCUGGUGAAGUAAGGCUAACUCGCUCCCCUCUGUGUGGGAUCUACCUCCUCCCAUCCCUGCCAAAGCUGCCACCUUCCCAUCAUGCCGUUCUUCGGGAAGUCGCAGAAGAGCCCUGCGGAAAUAGUCAAAAGCUUGAAGGAGAAUGUGGCGUAUUUGGAAAAGCUGGAGGCAACUGAGAGUAAGAAGUGUGAAAAGAUAACGGAGGAGGUGUCAAAGAGCCUGGCCUCCCUGAAGGAGGUGCUCUGUGGCACCAGCGAGAAGGAGCCGCAGACAGAGACCGUGGCACAGCUGGCCCAGGAGCUGUACAACACCAACCUGCUCAUCACCCUCAUUGCCAACCUGCAGAGGAUCGACUUCGAGGGGAAGAAGGACGUGGUACAGCUGUUCAGCAACAUUGUGCGGCGUCAGAUCGGUACACGCACCCCGACUGUGGAGUACAUCUCCUCACACCCACAGAUCCUCUUCAUGCUGCUGAAAGGGUAUGAAAGCGCAGAGGUGGCCCUGAACUGUGGCAUGAUGCUUCGGGAGUGUCUGCGACACGAGCCCCUCGCUCGCAUCGUGCUCUUCUCCGAGGAAUUCUUCUGCUUCUUCCACUUCGUGGAGCUCUCCACCUUCGACAUCGCCUCUGACGCCUUCGCCUCCUUCAAGGAUCUACUUACAAGACACAAGAUAAUGUGUGCCGAUUUCCUGGAGACAAAUUACGACAGAGUGUUUACAGAAUAUGAGAAGCUUCUGCAUUCAGAUAAUUAUGUCACCAAACGUCAGUCUUUAAAGCUCCUGGGGGAGCUGCUCUUGGACAGACACAAUUUCACGGUCAUGACCAAGUAUAUCAGCCGUGCAGAGAACCUGAAGCUAAUGAUGAACAUGCUGAGAGACAACAGUCGCAACAUCCAGUUUGAGGCCUUCCAUGUCUUCAAGGUGUUUGUUGCCAACCCUAACAAGACUCAGCCAGUGCUGGACAUCCUGCUGAAGAACCAGGCCAAGCUGGUGGAGUUCCUGAGCCACUUCCAGACAGACCGGUCUGAGGACGAGCAGUUUUGUGAUGAGAAGAACUACCUGAUCAAGCAAAUCAGAGACCUCAAGAGGCCCACAACCCAGGGAGAGGCUUAGGAGGAGGGGCCAAAUGGGGAGAGGCCAAGCAUGAUUGGCAGAGAGAGGUGGAAAUACCGGAUGGGGGGGGGGGGGAAGGUUAUGAAAGAGGCUGAACAGGAAUAUGUGUGGGGGUGUGGUUAGGAGAUGGGGUGCUGAGCAAUUUGGGGUGGAUGUGGAAAUACGGCUGGGAGAGAUGGUAGCUCUCCUACUCUUCACCUUCAUCGUAGGAUUCCCACACAGAGGGAAUGAUCAAGGAGAGGAUUUCACAAGAUCAGUUCAUACCUCCUGCCCAUGCUUGUACCCCUAGUGAUCUAGAAUGGGUGAUUUUUGGUCAGGUAAAUGGACCCGUUUAGACUAUGUUUUAACUGAGUUUUUGAUCUACGUUUCGCCAAAUCCUGCUUCAGCAAAAGGUGCAAUCCAGUGCUGCAUUUCUCUUGACAUCACCAAAUGUACCCUUGAGAUGUUUCUGGUGAGAACACAUUCCAUUCCACUUCAGCUGUAUCUACUGAUUCCAAGAGAACUUUCUCUUUAUGUUACCAUCAACAACCACUCACUGAGGUGUGGUAGUGUCUCAGAUCUCUUUUACACUGCCUCCAAACAUGUUGUGGAAGUCCCUCAUAAACUGCACAUUGAACAAGAUAUUUCUCUUUAGAAUAUUAUAACCUUUAGUGGAAUGUGCCUUUUGCUGAAUCUAAAGUUGACUAAAGAGUCUGCUGAUGCCCCCUGAAUGGGGCCUAAAGCACCUCUUUGGCAUUGCCAGGGCAAAGACGAGACACUGCAGGUUUUUACCCUGUCAUAAGAGGCUUAUUGUUCAUGUGGUUCAUAAUUUUGUGCUCUGGCUUAAGACACACUGUGAAAUAACUCCAUAAGCUCUGCGCACAUUCAGCUUUCAUUUGAACGUGGUAUAUAUUUGCUCUCAUUCUCACAUUCUGCUAUUUAUGUACAAUAAUUGUACAAUGUGCCUCAAACCCGUGGCCAUUAAAAUGAAAUGCAACAGUUCCACAGGAAAAUUGAUUUGGUUAACUGUGUGUGAAGAGAGAUUGUGAGUGGAUAAGAUUGUGAAUGAGUGUUCAAAUGACAAUUACGAGCUCACCCCUGUAUGUGUGAGACUGAUUUGGAAAUCCAGGGUAAGAGAGGGGUUGGGUUACAGGGUGCAAGUAUAUGUGUUGUUUCGUUUAUUUAAAAUUGGGUUAUGUUGAUGCAGGUGUGUGCGUAAGAACUCCUCAGGAACUUUCUCUGAGCCUACACUUCUCAUAUUCUGCUAUUGAUCAGACAGUCAGUGUGCUUUAUUUAAAUGCAUUUGGUUUCAUUUGUGGUGUGCAUUAAUAAACAUUGCUUGGGAAGAGGA